UCACUUAUUUGGGAAGUACCAUCAUCCAGUGCCAAUGGGUUGAUCUCUGACAAAAUCUCCGCACAGAUACAGAGGGCUAGUUUUGAAUAUGCCAGUUUACACCGUCUCUGGCGUGUAUUGCUUCUCAGUCCGCUCCGUCCUCCUUUAUGGCUGUGAGACCUGGCCAUUGAGAAUGGAGGACAUGAAAAGAUUAUCUGUCUUUGAUCGUAGAUGCCUGCGUUCUGUCUCCCGUGGGAAGUGGUAUAAUAAGGUGAGCAAUAUUGAGGUUAGGCGUCGAAUGAUACGUGAGGAAGGGAAAUCAAUCGACGAAGCUGUCAAGCUACAUCAACUGAGAUGGUUAGGGCAUGUGUUACGUAUGUCUAGUCAUCGCCUUCCUCGACGGGCAAUGUUAGCUGACAUAGGAUCAGGUUGGAAAAGAGCGGUCAAACCAAAAGAUGGCACCAGUCAAUGAAAUCCACAACACUUAGUCUAAGCCAUGUAGGAAGGUGUAAACUUCCUGGUCGGUUGGGGUCCUCGGGACGGUAAAAACCAUUGGUGAUAUGGCUCACAGUCGUUUUCAAUGAAUGGCACAGAUUCAACCACUCCUUGUAACUUAUGAUUUCCAAUGUAAGUAUAUUGUUCUUCGUUAUUACUAUUUCUUUGUCUCAUACCUCUGUUUACUGUCUCUAUUAUGCAUUUCUUCUAAUUUAUUCUCUUUCUCUGUUUGCUAUAUGGAGGGAGUGUGGCGACUUGAACUACUGCACAUCGGUGCAAAGUUCUAUGUCGAAAACA